CUCACACGUCUUCUUGUUUUGAAAAUUUGUUCUACCAAUUUUUUAAAAAAAUGGCAGAUGUCAUUUUCAAUUCGUUUUCGUUUGAUUUGACUGUUGUGUCUCAUCAAAUCGUACAUUACCUUGAAAUUGCAAAGCAAAUGGAGUUCUUACGUCACCAGAGGCGAAAAUUGACUUGCAUUUCCGCGUUAGAAUUCCAAAACAUACAGUACUCCAACUGCAUCUGCGUUGAAUGUGGUAGGGGUGAGAGAUGUCGGCGAUCUACGACAAUUGGGAGAAACUGGUGGCUGCUGUUUUGAAGAAGGAGCAGCUUUGGCAGUUAUUCAAUUCCGAUUCAGCCAGCAUCAGCUCCGAUUCAUCCGGCUUUAGUUUCUGCAAAUUGACCUCUUCACUUGACGACGUCUUUGCCGCCAAAUCUCUUCCGAGGAUUCAUGUUGAGGAACCUAUCAAAACUGUUAGUACUUCAUCAAAACCAGCUAGGAAACGGGAUUUAAAGAUUCAAGUGCCGGAAUUUCGAUUGCAAGAUGUUGGUUAUAGUAUCUCAGAAUGUCACUGGAGAGUUAGUCCAAGGACUACGAGUCCUAGUAUUAGCCCAAGAAGUGGAGGGUUGUAUUCUAUGUCAGAGACGAAGCAACGAAGUUAUCCAUUGCCUCUUCCGCCAGGUGCAACGUCCAGAUCUCCACCUGUGUCUCCAACAAUUCCACCUGCAAAAUCGCCUCCGGCACCUCCAUGUACUCCUAAAAGAGAUGAGAGUGUUAAGAGCACUUGGAAAAAGGGGAAGUUGAUCGGUAGAAGCACAUUAGGAAACGUAUAUCUUGGUUUUAAUAGUGAAAAAGGUGAAAUGUGUGCUAUCAAGGAGGCUCGUUUGUUGCCUAAUGCAGACGUGAGGCGAGAUGCACGGAUGAUGGAAAAAGAUAUUUCUCUCUUGAGCCGCAUGAAGCACCCAAACGUUGUGCAGUAUUUUGGAUCUGAAGUGGCGGGUGAUAACUUCUAUGUAUAUUUAGAAUACGUAUCUGGUGGCUCAAUCCAUGCGAUUCUCCAAGAAUAUGGAAAAUUAGGAGAAUCGGCAAUACGAAACUAUACUCAGCAGAUUUUAGCAGGGCUCGCAUACUUGCACUCCGAACAUAUUGUACACGGGAAUAUUAAAGCAGCCUCCAUACUUGUGGAUCCAAAUGGCGCAGCUAAGUUGUCCAACUUCGUCAUUGAAAUGAAUAUUGUUGGGAGAUCCAAUUCAUCAUCUCUUAUGGAUAGCCCUUACUGGAUGGCACCUGAGGUUAUUAUGAACUCAAAUGUGCGUAAACCAGCUAGCGAUAUAUGGAGUCUUGGAUGCACUGUUCUGGAGAUGGCUACAUCGAAGCCACCUCUAAGCCAAUACAAAGGGGUCAUGGCCAUGUUCAAGGUUUCUUGUCAAAAUGAGCUUCCAACAAUUCCAGAUCACCUCUCAGAUGUAUGUAAGGACUUCCUGAGGUGUUGCUUACAGUUGGAUCCCCUACAUCGUGCUAGCGCUUCUCAACUAUUGGAGCACCCUUUUGUGAAAAGUUCAUCUCCCUUAAGAAAACAUAUGUUGGCUUCUCGGUCUUCAGGUCAUUCUGUGGUCACAAAUGGUGUGAAGUCGGAGGACAGUAAUUGUAGUAGAAGUCUUCAUCUGUUGGAUUCAGGGAAAGUUGUUCUUCACUCCUCCAUGGCUAGUUUUCGGUCGAGUGAUAUCUAUACUCCAAGGUAUGUUUCGGCCCCUGUCUCUCCAGUUGGGAGUCCACUUUUGCAUCCAUCAUCACCUCAACAAUUUAUACAGCCGAAGUUUCCUCCUAUGGUCACAAAUGCUAUGAAGUCGGAGGACAGUAAUUGUGGUAGAAGUCUUCAUCUGUUGGAUUCAGGGAAAGUUGUUCUCCACUCCUCCAUGGCUAAUUUUCGGUCGAGUGAUAUCUAUACUCCAAGGUAUGUUUCGGCCCCUGUCUCUCCAGUUGGGAGUCCACUUUUGCAUCCAUCAUCACCUCGACAAUUUAUACAACCAAAGUUUCCUCCUAUGGUCACAAAUGCUAUGAAGUUGGAGGACACUGAUUGUGUUAGAAGCCAUCAUCUGUUGGAUUCAAGGAAAGUUGUUCUCCACUCCUCAACGGUUAGUUCCCGGUCGAGUGAUAUCUAUACUCCAAGGUAUGUUUCGGCCCCCGUCUCUCCAGUCGGGAGUCCGCUUUUGCAUCCAUCAUCACCUCAACAAUUUAUACAGCCAAAGUCUCCUCCUGCCAAAUCCAGCCCGUCCAUGGUAAUGAUCCAGCCUCCUCUUUAUCAAACGACGUGGUUGAAACAAGGCGAUACUUCUUCAAAGUCCCCCUCUUAUUGGGACCCCAACAUUCUCCAAGCAGUGUUUAAAUUCUCAUGAUUCCCAGAAUAAUUGAGAAACUCAAGAUUCAUAUCAAGUGGGGACGUGGGGUUGAGAAGGAAGAUAUAGGGUGAAAUGAAUGCAGAUGUAGCACUUGUCUGAGGAGAGAGGGUGAUGAUACCAAUUUUGAAAUAUAUAGAGCAAACUAAAUAGGACUACAAUUAUCAUUAAAAAGAUUAGUAUUUUGCAUCUAAAUACAUGAACUUUUAACAUUUGUAUACA